AUGGUAGCCAAUCAGCUUCUAACCUCAGCUUGUCCAUUUAAGCUUUAGCAGUAAAACCUGGAAGCUGAUUGGUUUCUAUGCAGAAGUGCAUGUGUUUCUGAGUGAACCAGCUUUAGUAAAUAAAUCCCAUUGAGUUCACUAACCACUAAACGGUCUUGUAUCCAUUUCUUGGUAUUAAGUCACAGCCAGGUUAAAGUGGUAACCCCCAGCUACACUCGGGCUAACCAUGUGGCGCUGCUCCGGGAUCUCUUCUUCACUUACCUUGUCCUGCGCUCCCGCGAUGUCCCUCCUGCAGUGUCCCCGGCAAUGUCCUCUGGCCGAUGCCGGCAUCUGUCUUCCAGGUUCCGUCCCCUGCGAGUGUCGGGAUGUACGGGGACAUAACGGCGGGAAGUUUGAAAAUGACAAAAAGUGACAUUCACUAAAUACACUAA